UUGUUGCUGUCAACGAUGAUGUCCAUCAAAACUAUUUUCGUUUUGAUUUUAUUCAAUUGGAUUUUUGCUGAUGCUACCCGAUCAUUUAUUGUUGAAACACUACCAAAUGAAUUAAAUUUUUCAUUAAAUAAAUCAAAAUCAACAUCUGAUACAUGGUUAGAAUUAAUAAAUUCAGCUCAACAUACAAUCGAUAUUGCAUCAAUGUAUUGGACAAUGCUCGGUACGGAUGUAAUGCCAAAUCCUGUACCAGAAAGUAAAAUUGGUGAAAAAAUUAUACAAUCAUUAAUUGAUUCGGUUCGAAAACGUUCCAUUCAUUUAAGAAUUGUUGUUAAUGAUCAAAAAUCAAAUGAUAAUAAUAAUAAUGAAGAUUUGAAAAUACUGGGGGAAUAUUCACAAAUACGAAGAUUAAAUUUCGAACGUUUAAUCGGUGCUGGUAUUUUACAUACAAAAUUUAUUAUUGUAGAUCAAAAAGAUUUUUACCUGGGUAGUGCUAAUAUGGAUUGGCGUUCAUUAACACAUGUAAAAGAAUUGGGUAUUGUUAUACAGAAUAAUCCGGAAUUGGCUAAAGAUUUAUUAAAAAUUUUUGAAAUGUAUUGGUUGAUGGGUGAACAGGAAUCAAUUCUGCCCACAAAAUGGCCAUCCAAAUAUAAUGCAUAUUAUAAUUUAAGUAAUCCAUAUCAAAAUCAAUUAAAUCCAAAUGUAAAUGAUGAUAAAUAUAACAUAUUUUUAACAUCAUCACCAAAACAAUUUUGUUCCCAAACACGUACAAAUGAUUUGGAUGCAUUGAUCCAGAUUAUUGAUGAAGCAGAAAAAUUCAUCUACAUUGCUGUUAUGGAUUAUUAUCCAUUAUUUUUAUAUGAAAAAUCUUCACAUCAUCACUAUUGGCCAAUUAUUGAUGAUUCAUUAAGACGUGCCGUAUGGGAACGUAAUGUUCAAAUUCGUUUACUUGCAAGUUAUUGGAAUGAUACGCGACCAUAUAUGUCAGUGUUUCUAAAAUCAUUGCAGGCAUUGAAUUUUCAUAACAAUAACAAUGGUGGUGGUUCAAUUGAAACAAAAUUAUUUCAAUUUCCUGAAUGUCCAUUUAGAAAAAAUCCAAUUCCAUAUUCAGGUGUUAAUCAUAAUAAAUAUAUGAUUACCGAUAAGGUUGUCUAUAUUGGUACAUCAAAUUGGUCAGCUGAUUAUUUUAUCAAUACAGGUGGUGUUGGUAUUGUUUUGAAUGUUACCAAUUCGAAUCAUUCACCAUUAUAUGAUCAAAUUCAUAAGAUUUUUCAACGUGAUUGGAAUUCACAAUUUGCUAAAAAUAUUGAAUAAUCAUUUUUUAUUUCAUUUUGCAAUGAUAUACACAAAAAUAUAAACACAAAAGAUUAAAAAUGAUUUUU